UUGCAUGCAUCUCGCAAGGAAUACUUGGGAAACAGUGAUAAAGAAACGCGAAUGUCCUUUAAUAAAACAAAACAUAUGUACUUUGUAAUGAUUAUAAAUAAUAAAAAGUUGACAACUUCUUAAAAUAGAAUUUAAAUUAAAAUUAUAUUAGAAAAGAAAAUAAUAAAAAAGAAAAUAUAUCCACAAUCCAGCACUGGGAACACUUAAAAAUAAAAUGUCAUCGUCACAAUGAAAAAUGGUGAAUUCGAUAAGAAGUGAUAAAGGCAGCAUUUUCCAUUUUCACCGUCAUCAUCGUCAUCAACUUCAUAAUCAUCGACAGCAAAAUUAUAAUAAAAUUAGCAGUUAUUAUGGUUACUGGACUGUGAAAUGUAAAAAAACGAUUUCGACGCAGAAAGUGUUAAUUCUUUUAACUACUUAUGUGAUUUUAAGUUCAUUACAAUUGUUCAUUUCGGCAUCGAGUGCGCAAUCAUUGAAUCGAACUAAUAUUAAUAAUAAAGUUGGUAAAGAAUCCACCGCGAGCUAUGAAGAGUUUAUUUUUGAACAUCAAGUAACACGACAAGAUGCAAUUGAUUCCCUAUUGAAGUUAAAUCAAAGUUUUUUCGAUGGACCAUCCGGGAGUACCUGUAAAUCAAUAACGUGCACCGAAAAUGUAAUGAAAUACUGUUUGGGACCGCAGUUUAUAAACGAUCAUUGUUGGUGUGAACAAGGGCAUGCAAACGAGGGAUUGCCUUUCAUUCCGCACAUAUGCUAUGUUGGAGAAAAACAAUAUCAAGCAUCGGUUGGAUCGUGCUUUUUCUACGAAGAAGUGAAGGAAUGUUGCUGUGCUCCAGCUUUGGCAAAACGAUGGAAGCAUAUUUCAGCUGGUCCGACGAAUACUGCAUAUCAUCCCGCAAUUGUUUUAGCUUUGGCAAUUUUAACUAAAUUUGGAACACACAUGUGCUUUUAAAUCAUCUCCAUUGUUAAAAAACAAUACAAUAUUCAAAUUGAUGUGGCUUCGAAAAACAACAAAAUAAUAAAAAUUUGUUGUAUAUUUUUUUUAUUAAGACUGUAAAAUAAUUUUUAAGAAUUAUAAUGUUAGUGGAAAUUUUUAAUUUAUUGAUGAAAGCUGAAUAAAUGGUGUUGGUACCUAUUUCCCAUACAGCAUUUAAUGUUGUCAGGACGGUACAUUUGGUAAAAA